AUGGGGGUGUCCGAGGCACCCUGGCGCCCGCAGGGGGAGCCCCGCGGCCGCCCCCCCCCGUGCCCCCCCCCGGACCCCCUCCUAAUCCCGGAGCCGCCCCCGGCGCCCCCCGACCAAUCACCGAGCCCGCCGGGAGCCGAUGUCCUGGUGUGGGAGCUGCUGUACUGGCAGGCACCGGGGCGGUCGGCGCUGGCGCUGGUGGGGGUGUUGGGCACCCUGGGGUGCCUGGCGCGGUUCAGCGCCGUCAGCGUGGGUGCCUACGGGGCGCUGGCUGUGCUGGGUGUCACCCUGCCCCUGCGCCUGCACCGUGCCGCUCUGCAGGCCCUGCGCCAGCACCCACCUGAGCACCCCUGCCGGGCACAGCCGGAGGGGACCGUGGGGCUGAGCCCCGAGGAGCAGCAGCGCUGGGCCCGGCGCCUGGCCCAGCAUGUCACCACUGCCACUCGCACCCUCACCCGCCUCUUCCUUGUCCACAGCCUCCCCGAGUCCCUCAAGUUUGCUGCCUUGUUCUACCUGCUGACCUACGUGGGGGCUGUCUGCAACGGGCUGACGCUGCUGGGAGCGGGCAUCAUCUGUGCAUUUACCUUCCCUGUGCUCUACCGGCACCACCAGGCCCAGAUUGACCAGUACGUGAGUCUGGUGAGGAACCACCUAAGUCACCUCCGAGCCAGGAUCCAGGCCAAGCUCCCAAGUGCCAAAGUGAAGCUGUAGUGACCCCCCGUCCCCCUCUGAGGUGACAGCUAGGGGGGGUGGCUGGGGUUCCCACACAUCCCUCCCACCCUGCGUGGGGGGGAUCACUCGGGGGAGGCGGGGGUUGUGUCUCUGCCCAUGUCCUUCCCCCCCCUGCGUGGGGGGGUCACGCUUUAAUAAAAACUCUUGUGACA